AUGGCGCCAGCAUUCUGUGCCAUCUGUAAGACCCAACGAGCACUCAUCAGACGGCCUAAGAACCAUCAGAAGCUCUGCAAAAGCUGUUUCAUACAAAUAUUUGAAGAUGAAGUACACCACACAAUAACGUCAUCUCAACUAUUUUCCCCGGGAGAAAGGAUCGCAAUAGGGGCUUCUGGCGGCAAAGAUUCGACAGUCCUGGCAUCAGUUCUCAAGACAUUGAAUGAGAAGCACAAAUAUGGAGUUGACUUGGUUUUGCUAAGCAUAGAUGAGGGCAUCAAAGGUUACCGAGACGACUCUCUCGAGACUGUUAAGCGCAACGCACUUCAGUAUGAAAUGCCCCUGAAGAUUGUGGGCUACGAUGAGCUGUACGGCUGGACCAUGGACCAAGUUGUCGAAACCAUAGGCAAGAAGGGCAACUGCACUUAUUGUGGAGUUUUCAGGAGACAGGCCUUGGAUCGGGGCGCCAAGAUGCUCGGCAUCAAGCAUGUCGUCACUGGUCACAACGCAGAUGAUGUGGCCGAGACUAUCCUGAUGAACCUCCUGCGCGGCGAUCUAGCACGUUUGUCCAGGAGCACAAGUAUCGUCACCGGAAGCAACGCGAGCGAAGUGAAGCGAAGCAAGCCGCUCAAGUACGCAUACGAAAAGGAGAUUGUGCUAUAUGCGCACCACAAGAAACUCGACUAUUUCACUACCGAAUGCAUAUACAGCCCUGAAGCGUUUCGAGGGAGCGCGAGGAGUUUGAUUAAGAAUCUUGAGAGAGUCCGGCCGAGUGCCAUAUUGGACGUUGUGCGCAGCGGAGAGGACAUGGCCAGACUCGUGCCUGGGCAAACGCCUGACGCUUGUGGUUGCAGGAUCAAAGAGGCCACCGUCCCGAAGGCCGUUGAAGAGGAUAGCGUCGGUGGAUGCGGUUCCGCAAAUGGUCGAGCUGGGGGUGGUGAAAUGGCUGUCAUGGAGAAGGAGCUUCGACAGAACGAGGCUGCAGAGGCUGAAGGGCUCGAGACUGAGAUACCAGUCGGAAAGAUGCACCAAAGCAAAAGGGAGUCGAAGCAACUGGAUACCCCAGCAAAGCCGGGCAAUGUUAGCUUACCCAUCAUUCCGAAGCAGAAGCUCGGCACCUGUGAGAGAUGUGGCUAUAUGUCUAGUCAGAAAUUAUGUCAGGCUUGUAUGCUCUUAGAAGGUCUGAACAAGAACCGGCCUGAAAUAUCAAUAUGA